AGUAGACCUUCUAUUAUAUGCCAAAAAAAAUUAUCUUAUAAUAGUCAUGAUAUUGCAUUUGCACCUUAUAGUGAUUAUUGGAGAGAAAUGAGAAAAAUUUGUGUUAUUCAUCUAUUUAGUCUCAAAAAUGUUCAAUCUUUUAGUCCGAUUCGCGAAGAUGAAGUUUCAAGAAUGAUUAAAAAAAUAUCAAAAAAAGCUAAAAAUUCACAAAUUAUCAAUUUGAGUAGUAUUUUGGUUUCAAUAACUAGUACAAUUAUUUGUAGAGUUGCUUUUGGUAUUAGAUAUGAUGAAGAAGCACAAGAAAGGAAGAAAUUUGAUGAAGUUUUAACAGAGACACAAGCAUUAUUGGCAGGAUUUUUAUUAUCUGAUUAUUUUCCUUUUUUAUUUUGGUUUGAUAAAAUUUCUGGAAAAAUAAAUAGACUUGAGAAAAAUUUCAAAGAUUUGGAUGAGUUUUAUGAAGGACUUAUUGAGCAGCAUCUCAAUCCCAAUAGGCCAAAAUCAAUGGAAGGAGAUAUUAUUGAUCUUUUGCUCCAGUUAAAGAAAGAAAACUCAACUCCAAUCAAUAUCACUUUGGACAAUAUAAAGGCAAUUCUCAUGAAUAUAUUUGUUGCGGGAACAGACACUGUCGCGACAUCAUUAAUUUGGGUAAUGACAGCUUUGAUAAUGAACCCGAAAUCCAUGAAGAAAGUCCAAGAAGAAAUUAGAAAAUCAGUUGGAAAUAAAGGAAUGGUGAAUGAAGAUGAUAUACAAAAUUUUCACUAUCUUAAAGCACUGAUAAAGGAGACAUUUAGAUUAUAUCCUCCAGUUCCAACCCUUGUGGCAAGAGAAACAAUUCAAAAUUCUAUACUAGAAGGGUAUAAAAUUCCACCAAAGACUACUAUUUACGUUAAUUAUUGGGCUAUCGCGAGGGAUCCUGAAUACUGGGAAAAUCCAGAAGAGUUUAUACCCGAGAGAUUCUUGAAUAGCAAUAUCGACUACAAGGGCCAAGAUUUUGAGUUUAUUCCAUUUGGAGCGGGCCGAAGAGGUUGCCCAGGUAUUGCACUUGGUGUUGCAACAGUGGAGCUUAUACUUGCAAACCUUGUCUAUGCAUUUGAUUGGGAGUUGCCUUGUGAUAUGAAGAAAGAAGACAUUGACACUGAUGGUUUGCCUGGAGUUACUAUGCACAAGAAAAAUGCCCUUUGCCUUGUCCCUAAAAAUUAUCUUUAG